GGGAUUUCGGUGAAAUUAUCGUUUCUAAACGUCAACUUGAAGCCGAGUUGUCGGGCCACGUAUUUUGGUUCUUUUUUAAAUGGCAAGUUGUGUUUUGGCGAAAAACCGUCAAUAGAAACGUAAAACGUCGUGAUCUACGCCCCCAAGAUGCCCCUCCGUUUGGACAUAAAACGCAAGCUUACGGCCCGCUCCGACCGUGUAAAAUGCGUCGACUUGCACCCUACCGAGCCCUGGAUGCUGUGUUCGCUGUACAGCGGCAAUAUAAACGUCUGGAACCACGAAACCCAACAAUUGGUGAAAACGUUUGAAGUGUGUGAUUUGCCAGUCCGAGCUGCGAAAUUCGUCCCCCGGAAAAACUGGGUGAUUGCCGGCUCCGACGACAUGCAAAUCCGCGUUUUCAAUUACAAUACUCUCGACCGCGUCCACGCUUUUGAGGCCCAUUCGGAUUACGUACGUUGUAUUGUGAUCCACCCCACGCAGCCUUACAUCCUCACAGGGAGCGACGACAUGCUUAUCAAACUGUGGAACUGGGAGAAGGCCUGGGCGUGCCAACAAGUCUUCGAAGGCCACUCUCACUACGUCAUGCAAAUCGCAAUUAACCCCAAAGACAACAACACGUUUGUGAGCGCCUCACUCGACCGCACUUUAAAAGUGUGGCAAUUGGGGGCGUCCACCCCUAAUUUCACGCUCGAAGGCCAUGAAAAGGGCGUGAAUUGUGUGGAUUACUACCACGGGGGCGACAAACCCUACAUUAUUUCAGGCGCCGACGAUCGUCUUGCCAAAAUCUGGGACUACCAAAACAAGACUUGUGUUCAGACUCUCGAAGGGCACACUCAGAAUAUCAGCUCGGUGUGUUUCCACCCGGAACUCCCCAUUGUCUUAACUGGAAGCGAAGACGGCACUGUUAAAGUCUGGCAUGCCAAUACCCACCGUCUUGAAAGCAGUCUUAACUACGGUUUUGAGCGAGUUUGGACGAUUUGUUGUCUUAAAGGCUCAAAUAACGUUGUUUUCGGGUACGACGAAGGCAGUAUUUUGGUGAAAAUUGGCCGCGAAGAGCCGGCUGUGAGUAUGGACGCCACUGGGGGUAAAAUCAUCUGGGCGAGACACUCGGAAUUGCAACAGGCCAACCUCAAGGCUUUGUCUGAGGGGGCCGAAGUGAGAGACGGGGAACGGCUUCCAGUCGCGGUUAAAGACAUGGGGGCUUGCGAGAUCUACCCUCAGACGAUUCAGCACAACCCCAAUGGUCGGUUUGUUGUCGUGUGUGGCGAUGGCGAGUACAUUAUUUACACGGCGAUGGCGUUGAGGAAUAAGGCGUUUGGGGCUGCACAGGAGUUUGUUUGGGCGCAGGAUUCCAGCGAGUAUGCGAUUCGUGAGGCGGGAUCAACGGUGCGAAUUUAUAAGAAUUUCAAAGAGAAGAAGAAUUUUAAACCGGAUUUUGGGGCUGAGGGGAUUUUCGGUGGGUGGUUAUUGGGAGUUAAGUCAGUGGCGGGUUUAACGUUCUACGAUUGGGAUAGUUUGGAUUUGAUUCGAAGGAUUGAGAUUCAACCAAGGGCGAUUUAUUGGUCUGAUAAUGGGAAAUUAGUGUGUCUUGCGACUGAAGACAGUUAUUAUAUUUUAUCCUACGAUUCUGAUCAAGUUCAGAAGGCUAAGGAUGAGGGUCAAGUGGCUGAAGACGGAGUCGAGUCAGCAUUUGAGGUUCUAGGGGAGGUGAACGAGACAGUUCGGACGGGGCUGUGGGUCGGCGAUUGUUUCAUUUACACAAAUGCUGUCAAUAGAAUAAAUUAUUUUGUUGGGGGUGAACUUGUAACCAUAGCUCACUUGGAUCGGCCAUUGUAUGUUCUCGGUUACGUCCCCCGUGACGACCGAUUAUACCUCGCUGAUAAGGAAUUAGGGGUUGUCAGUUAUCAAUUAUUGUUAUCAGUCUUGGAGUAUCAAACAGCGGUGAUGCGACGCGAUUUUACUACAGCUGAUAGAGUUUUACCGUCGAUUCCCAAGGAGCACCGGACUCGAGUCGCACACUUCCUCGAAAAGCAAGGGUUUAAGAAACAAGCCCUUGCUGUUAGCACCGACCCUGAGCAUAAAUUCGAACUGGCUUUGGCUUUGGAAGACUUGAACACUGCUCGUGGUUUGGCUCAAGAAGCGAAUAAUCCGCAGAAAUGGAGCCAAUUGGGGGAGUUAGCCGCCUCGACAAACAAUCUCCAGUUGGCGAAGGAGUGCAUGCAGAGGGCGCAGGACUACGGGGGGCUCCUCCUCUUGGCGACAAGUUCCGGUGAUGAAAACUUGGUUAAGACACUAGGGGAGAAUACACACGCUGAGGGGAAACACAACUUGGCUUUCUUGUCGUUUUUCCUUUUGGGGGAUUUGGAUAAGUGUCUUGAUAUUUUGAUUUCGACGGGGCGUUUGCCCGAAGCGGCGUUUUUCGCCAGGUCGUAUCUUCCGGAUAAAAUAUCUGAGGUUGUGGCGUUGUGGAAGGCGAAAUUGUCGACGACGAAUGAGAAAGCGGGGCAGAGUUUGGCCGAUCCGAAAGACUACGAAAAUUUGUUCCCAGGGUUGAAUGAUGCGAUUGCAGCGCAACAGUUUUAUGUCAAAGGGAGAAAAGGGUUGCCUUUGGCGAAAGAUGCAAAGAAAAUUACCCCAAAUCAUGAGAGGAAUGUUGUACAGGAGAUGAAGGCACAAGGGGGCGAAGGGUUUAGUAUGCCAGUGGCACAGACGAGCCAAACAAGUCAGAGUGAAUAUAAACCGCCCACAAGACUACAACAAGAAGAUGAAGAUGAUCUUGACUUAGACUUGGAAGGAGUUAAUAUUGAUGAUAAUAUAGACACCACUGAUAUCAACAUUGAUGAUGAUUUGUUAAGUGAUUAAAACUAAGAAAACACAUUAUCCAACAUAUAUAAUCGUUUAUGUUUUCUAUUGUCAAGUAUUUUAUGUAGGUAUUCUGUAAUAAAAGUUACAAGUUUCUUAA